AUCAAAGUGAAGAAAUAGCAAAACGAUUGUUUUGUUCCGUUCAAUGUCUCCUCAUCUGUUCUUCCUCAACUCGCUUCAAAAAACCCCCACCAAAAUGUCAACUAAAUCACAAAUAAUCUUACUUUCGUUUUGUUAAUUUCAAGAAAAAAUGGGUGUUGGCGGGAAUUUCUGGGAUAUACUUAAACCCUACGCGCGAACAGAAGGGUUCGAUUUUCUAAGAAACAAAAGGGUAGCCAUUGAUCUAUCGUAUUGGAUUGUUCAACAUGAAACAGCAAUUAAAGUACACACUCGAAACCCUCAUCUCAGACUCACAUUCUUCCGAACUAUCAAUCUGCUUUCCAAGUUUGGUGCUUUUCCGGUGUUUGUGGCAGAUGGAACCCCAUCACCAUUGAAGUCUCAUGCAAGAAUUAUGAGAUUCUUUCAAGCAUCUGGUAUUGAUCCUGCAAGCUUACCAAUAUCAAAUGGUACUUCUGUUGAGAGAAAUAAAAAGUUCUCAAAAUGCGUUCAAGAAUGUGUGGAGUUGCUUGAACUUUUUGGAAUCCCUGUUUUGAAAGCAAGUGGUGAAGCUGAAGGACUUUGUGCACAAUUAAAUAGAGAAGGUCGUGUUGAUGCUUGUAUUACUUCUGAUAGUGAUGCUUUUCUAUUUGGCGCCAAAUGUGUUAUUAAGCACAUCAACCCCAAUUCACAGGAGCCAUUUGAGUGUUAUGAGAUGUCAGAUAUUGAAGGUGGAUUAGGAUUAAAGAGAAAACAUUUAAUAGCAAUUGGUCUUUUGGUUGGAAAUGAUCAUGAUUCCAAAGGAGUCCAAGGGAUUGGAAUCGAAACUGCACUUUCAUUUGUCAAAUCUUUCAAUGAAGAUGAGGUUUUAGAUAGGUUAUGUGCAUUAGGAAGUGGAGACAUGCUUUCUAUGAUGGGGUACAAGGGCGAUUCCGUCAUUAAUUUAGAUGAAAACUCAACGAAAAUAAAGUUAUCUCAUUGUUCAUUAUGUGGGCAUCCUGGAAGCAAGAGAUCUCAUCUUAAAGAUUCUUGUGAAGUUUGCAGUUCAAGUAAUAAUCACAAAGGUUGUGUGCAAAAACCGAUUGGAUUUAAAUGUGAUUGCUUAUCAUGUCAUCAGGAUAAGAAAGAAAAGGAACAAAAGAAGAAUGAAGCUUGGAAAAUGAGAGUAUGCAAUAAAAUCGCCUCAGAGCCAAACUUUCCAAAUAAUGCAAUCAUUCAAAUGUAUUUAAGCAACAACCACACCAAUUUCACUGAUGCAGAACCAUUUAUAUCAUGGAAAAAUCCAAACACGGAAAUGCUGAUUGAUUAUAUAGGUUAUAAGCUAAAUUGGGAACCCUCUUUUACACGACAAAAACUCUUUCCACUUUUGUCCACCAUUUUCUUGAGAAAUAAAGCCAAAAAUCAAGAAACCGGAUUAUUACAUGGACAAUACGAGUUUGACUUCAUUCAAAGAACAAAGACAAGAUUGGGUCAUAUGUUGUAUGUGGUCACUUGGACAAAACAUGGUCAAAUAGUCAACACUCAUAUCCCUACAACACCUUUGGAAGAUUCUCAAGUUCAAGAAUAUGAUGAUGAUGAUGAUGAUGAUGAUGAUGAUGAUGACAUUGAUGAAUCGGUUAAUAAUGUUUGUGUUGAUAUUGAUAAUGAGUGUGUGAUGACUGAUGAAAAUAUGGAUCUUGUUAUGGCUGCAUAUCCGCAAAAGGUUAAUCAAUUUAUACAACAAAAGGAGUUAAAAGAAUCAAAAUCGAAGAAAAAAGGUAGAGCAAAAUCUACAUCAACACCCGAGAAAUCAUUAUCACCAUCAUCAAGAAGUGUUCAACUUAGUAUAAAAGAAUUUUAUCGUUCAUCUAAAGGUGAAUCUAUGGAGAAGUUGAAAGACAAUGAUUCUUCUACUACAGUGAAAAGGAAUGUUACAAGGGGUAAUUUCUCAAAAUCUGCAAGGCGUCGCUUGCUUUUUGACUAGUUUUGUGAAAAUGUAGGUGGAUUUGUAUGUGCAUAGUUUGUUUUGUGUUACUCGGUAGUGAAAUUCCUAGUUUACCCUUUAUGGUUUAGUAUCGUGUGUUUCAUCUUGUAAAGCUUAAAUGUUUGUUUAUGCAAAAGAUGUUUCAUUUUAUUUUA